CGCAGUGAUUGUAAUGGCAGAGAUAUCUUUUAUAAUCAAAUGCUGGCGCAAAAGAGAAAAAGGCUGUCAACCCCUGCCAACUGCCACAAUCAAGCCUUCUUCUUAUAGGCCCAUCCAAAUUUCUUUUCACUUUCCCAUCCUCCCAUCUCUUCCUCCCUCCGUUCCUUUUUCUAGUAAUUUUGUUGUUUAACUUCUUAGCCCCCACUCUCCUUCUUCUUCUUCUUCCAUUCGUUGAUUGAUUGCUCUCUGAUGGAGCGAGAUGGGUUGGGAUGAGAUUAUCACUGGUUUUGGCAUCUGGGUUUGAUUGGGUUUUUGAUUUGGAGGGCUUCAUGGUGAGUGGGAGGAUUGAAUGGCGGAGCCCUUUUGGAGAGGCUAUACAAACGCAGGAUUUAGAAUUAGAGCUCGUAACAAUGGCGGUUCUACUUUCAGAGGGGAUUACAGGAAAUUGAAAAGGAAUCAGCAAUCAAUUAGGAAGAAGAGCAGUGUUAGUUCGUUUAAAGCUGGAAGAGGGGAAUCUCACGGGACUGGCCCUGGAUCCUCAGCCGAAUCAUCGUCUUCUUCAUCAUCGGCGGAGCCGGAGUCACGUUAUAAAUUUCAGUCAUACAGGGGAACAAGAAGAAGAAGACGGUCGGAAUCUUCAGUAUCUCUAUGCGACUUUAGACUCACAAUCAACCAAGAAGCGCCCGUACUUUCCUCCGCCGUCGGCUUCUACUCUGCCUGGGUGGAGCUUCCAAGAUGAGGCAAGAAUGGGAGAGUUCGGCCAUCAACAGCCGACGAAAUCUUCAAGACUGGGAAUGAGAAGCACCGGCGGUGGUAGUGGCGGUGGAGGCGAAAUCUUGGAGGUUCAAGGAGGCCACAUUGUUCGAUCGAUUGGAAGGAAGGACCGUCACAGCAAAGUUUGCACGGCGAGAGGCCCGAGGGACCGUCGUGUUAGACUCUCCGCCCAUACUGCCAUCGAGUUCUACGAUGUGCAGGACCGUCUCGGCUACGACCGGCCGAGUAAGGCCGUCGACUGGCUCAUCAAGAAGGCCAAACCCGCCAUUGACAAGCUUCGAGAGCUUCCUGGAUGGAAUCCAAAUGGUUUGAAUACGAGCAGCGAGAAAUCGGCAACGCAGAAGGAUGAGAAGAACAGCGAAAACAAAAUUCCGGUUGCUGUUCACCCGCCGGAGGGGAGUACAACUAGGAAUUUUGUGGCCGGCAACGGCGGAGUUUCCGAAUGUACCAUGAAGAAUUUGCAGAAUGCUUCCACGGAAGAUAACCCUAAUAGCGAUAACUCCAGUUUUCUUCCACCAUCUUUCGAUUCGGAUUCGAUCGUCAACACCGUCAAAUCGUUCUUACCGACGACGACGACGGCUGCUGCAGAGACGCCCUCGUCAAUUUUUGAGUUCGACGCGUUUCCGCCGGAUUUACUCUCUAGAACCAGUAGCCGAGCGCAAGAUCUAAGGCUUUCCUUACAGUCUUUUGAAGGAUCAAUAUCAAAGCUCGAAUCUGAACGAACUCAGCAUUCAAUUACUCAAAAUCAUCAAAACGACCAUCCCUUUUUCUCUGGAUCAACACCAUUGGCUGGCUUCGACGGAUGGUCGGAGCAGCAUCCCCAAUCGGCUAUGGAAAUCGGCCGACUCCAGAGGAUUUUGCAUUGGAACACGGUGAAUGCAGAUCUUAGCGGCGUAGACGGAGGUGUUAAUGGUGAAUUCUUAUACAACUCACAGCCAACAACCUCAAGCUUUCAGCCGCCACCGCCGUCGCCGAUUCUGCAACCGUUGUUCGGAGAAAACCAGUUGGUUUCUCAGAGGGGACCCCUUCAGUCCAGUUACACGCCCUCGAUCCGCGCUUGGAUAGACCCGUCAAUUACCUUCUUCGACAAUCAACAGCAUCCAACUCCACCGUCGAUCUACCAAUCCACAUUUCCGGGUCUUGGAUUCGCCUCUGGCGGAUUCCCCAGGUUUCUAAUUCCGGCGCGGAUCCCGGGCGAAGAGGAACACGAUGGUAUUUCUGAAAAGCCAUCCUCUGCUUCCUCCAACUCCCGCCAUUGAAUCUGCUAAAAAAAGCUCAAAUCUCUCUCUCUAUUCUGACUUCCUCUAUAUCAACUAAUAAAGCCAGUUAAGUAGCCACGCCAUUGCUUUGCUGCUAAUGUGGAAGCUUGCUUGCAGGGAGCAGAAUUUGGGUUCCUUUCUCAAUGGCUGGCUCAUACAGUGGGAAGAAGAAGAAGAAGAAGAAGAAUCCUGAAAGCAUCACAUCAGGUGUCUUCAUUCCCGAGUAUUCUAUAUGUUCUGUUUCUAUCUACUACUUGUUUAUGCUUCGGCUUUUGUUUCCCUGUUUGAAAGCUUUGCCUAUCUGCUUGGUCCAGUGUGUGUUAAGUUAGCUAUGGUGUAUUUUAAUGGUGGAGGCUUUCCCUUUGCCAUUGAUGUACAAGUACACAACAUUCUAGUGUUCUUCCUGCCAUCUUUUCCCCUUGCUUUUCAUUGUAAUAAUGGAAACCCAAUGCC